GUCGAGGCCGCCGAGCCCGCGAAGAAGGACACGACCCAGACCCUCAAGGUUUCGCUUUACAUCUUCGGCUGGUACUUCCUGAACGCCAUCUUCGCCAUCAUGAACAAGAAGACCCUCGCCGUGUUCCCGUACCCCUGGAUCCUCUCCUGGAUUCAGAUCGCGGUCGGCGCGGUGUUCAUGCUCAUCAUGUGGAAGCUUCGCAUCUUCAAGCCCCCGGAGGGUGGCUUCACGAAGGAUAUGUUCAAGGCGCUCAUCCCCACCUCCUUUUACCACAUGGUCGCGCACGUCUCCGCUUGCGCGUCGUACAAGUUCGGCUCCGUGUCGUUCAUGCAGGUGGUCAAGGCUGGCGAGCCCGCGAUCGCCGUGCUCCUGCUGUCGAUGUUCUUCGGUCGCAAGUACUCCUGGAGGGUUUGGCUAACGCUCAUCCCCAUCGUGGGAGGCGUCGCCGUCGGUUCCACCACCGAGAUCAACUUUUCCAUGGCGGCGUUCCUCUGCGCCAUGACCUCCAACGUCACCUCCGCCCUGCGCGCGGCCACCUCUAAGGACCUGCAGGCGGACACUGGUCUCAAGGGCAUCAACCUGUACGGAGGUAUCGCCAUCGUCUCCGGCAUCAUGCUCCUGCCCCUGUCUCUCCUCGUCGAGGGCUCGCAGAUGGGCGCCGCCUUCGCCGCGGCACCCGCGCUGAUGACCGCGAAGGGCACGCUGCUUUUCGGCAUCUGGAACGCGGGUUUCAUGGCCUACCUCAUCAUCGGAUCCAUGUUCUACCACCUCUACAACCAGACCGCCUACCAGGCGCUGGGCGAGCUCACCCCUCUCAGCCACUCCGUGGCGAACACUGUCAAGCGCGUCGUCAUCAUCCUCGCCUCUGUCGCCGUGUUCAAGAACCCCAUCACGCCCCUCGGCCAGGUGUCCGCCGCGAUUGCCAUCCUGGGCACGUUCAUCUACUCU